AGGGACUUAGUCACACAGUAAACAUUCACAGACUUUCAAAGAGUUAAAUACCUCAUAACAGCUAAAUACUCCCACAAAUGCAAUGCAUACACACAUACAUGUACGUGCCUUUUAUCAUUGAUAGGGUGUAGUGGCCGGUAAAAGUCUCUUACUGACAAUGGCAUCUAGAAUAUGUGACAGUGUUCUUGUGACUGGAUCAAAUCGUGGAAUUGGACUCGAGUUGGUUCGUCAGUUGGUUGAUUCAGCUUUACGUCCAAUCAAGAUAUUUGCUGGAUGUAGACACCCAAAUGAACCAAAGGCACAGGAACUCCAGGAACUUGCUCAGAAGCACCAGGAUGUGAUCACAGUUGUCCAACUUGAUAUUAAUGAUCCGGAUAGUAUUACAAAAGCAUUGAAGCUGGUGGAGGCCAAACUGGAGGACAAAGGCCUGAAUUUGAUUAUUAACAAUGCAGGUGUGAAUAAUAAAAAGUCAUUAGCAGACACAGGAAAAAGUGAGAUGGUUCAAGUGUUUUCGACUAACGUUGUAGGUCCUAUGCUUGUCGCAAAGGAUUUCCACCCUCUUCUAUGCAAAGCUGCAAAUCAAUUUCCUCAUGAAACAAGCAUGUCUUGUAGUAGAUCAGCUAUCAUCAAUGUCUCCACAUAUGUGUCUUCCAUCACCCUAUGCCCUACAAAUUUCUCCAGCGCUCCUAUGUACCCCUAUCGGGUUAGCAAGGCUGCACUGAACAUGUUAACACGCUGCUUGGCAGAGGAUUUUAAAAAAGAUGGCAUUCUAGUUAUGGCCCUACAUCCAGGAUGGGUCCAAACAGAGAUGGGAGGUUCAAAGGCUCCCCUGACAACAGUUGAAAGUGUCAAAGGCAUGCUGGAAGUCAUCACACACCUCACAGAGAAAGACAGUGGAACUCUUUUAGAUUGGAAAGGCGAAAGCAUCCCAUGGUGAUUACUCAAGAAUCAGAAGUUUGUAAUAUUACAAUGCUGAUUGUGCAAAGGCAUUUGCAGUCAUCUCAUUACAGUGCAUGUUGCAUUUACUGUAUAUGAAAUAUCAUAAAAAUCUUUUAAAGACUGUAUUUGCCUCACAGUUCUAUUUGUAUUACAGACUUAUCAGUCAUAUCGCACAUAUCAGGGAUUUGGUAAUAUCAGUGAUUAUAAUAGGAUUAACCCAUACGGCAAAAAAUAUGUUUUCAAAUACAAAUUUAAAUAUAACUAUAUGUGCUAAAUAUAUUUUGAAAUAUGUUUACAAAAAUGUACUUUUCACCAAUAUAUAUUUUUUUGCCAUAUUUUGUAUAUUUCCAAAA